GUAGUGAUGAAGAGGAAGAAAGUGUUUGUUUUUUUUUAAAAAAAAAAAAAAAAUUUGAGAGAGAAAGGUUUGCUUUGUUCAUUUGUUUUUUAGAAGGGUCCGACCGCGAACUCUGAAGAAGAAUUUUUGGCGGGGAAGAUGGCACAUCUCCCGCCGUUUCCCGCCGGCCCGAUGGAUCCAGAGGAGACUGCCUUGGCCAAGAAGCCAAGGAGGGCGGCGGACUGCAAUCCCUCCUCCUCCUCCUCCUCCUCUUCAUCAGCCGCGGAGAUCGACCUCAUCAGCCGCCUGCCGGACUGUCUGCUCUCCACCAUCUACCCCCACCUGACGACCCGCGAGGCCGCCAAGACCGCCCUCCUCUCCUCCCGCUGGCGCCGCCUCUGGACCACCUCCCCGCUCCACCUCGACGACGACUCCCUCUGGAGCCGCUCCAUCCAGCCCCGCGGCCGGCCCCGCGGCUCCAGGAUGUGGACGCGCGACGAGGACUGGCGCUGCCGCGUCAUCUCCCGCAUCCUCCGCUCCCACGCCGGCCCCGUCCGCCUCUUCCGCCUCGCCCACACCCGCUUCCACGGCCGCGAGCCCCUCGCCCACUCCUGGUUCCAAACCCUAGCCCAAAAAUGCGUCCUCCAGAUCGACCUCCUCUUCCCCUCCCUCUACGACGCCCAAGACGUCCCCGCCUCGCUCCUCGCCUGCGAUUCCCUCCAAACCCUGCGGCUCAGCCACUGCCGACUCCCCGACACCGCGAAGACCCCCGUCGACAUCACUCUCACGCGCCUCACGGAGCUCACCCUCAGCGGCGCCCGCCUCACUGAGCACGACUUCUGCGGCUUACUAUCCGGCUGCACUGCGCUUCGGAGUUUGUCCGUCAUCUACAACAAUUCUUACCUCCCUCGGAUCCACGUCCGCUCUCGGAGCCUCCGGAGCCUGACGCUGUCGGGCUCCGGCGCGGAGGAGCUGUUCAUUGAGGAUGCUCCGAAUCUUGCCCGGCUGCUUAUGGGGUGGGUGUCGUCGAAAAUGUGGUUGAAGGUCGUUAGCGCCCCGAAGCUCGAGAUGUUGGGUUAUCUGCAUCUGCUCGUGCAGAGACUCGAGCUAGGCAAAUCUGUUUUCAGGAUGUCGCAGCGUAUAGCGGAUAUAAGCUUGAGCACUCUGCUGUUUACUCUUAAAACGCUAGCGGUUGAAGUGAAAAUCCAUGAUUAUGAAGAAGUAAAGAUGUUCAUCCACCUGCUGAGAUGCUUUCCGUGUCUCGAAACCCUGCACAUUCGGUGUGUGUGUUGGAAUGAACCGAAUCCAAUUGUUUGGACGUACUUGGAGCAGCUAAAUUCAGUCGAUUGCGUUGAUCGUCAUCUGAAGAUCGUAAAAUUUAAAAAUUACCAAGGGGGAAAUAGUGAGCUAGAAUUUGCCAAAUUUUUAAUUACAAAAGCAAGAGUACUUAAUGUGAUGAAGUUUCAAUGCGGAACCAGUUGCUGCAAAAGAUGGGUUAGGGCCCAGCGAAGCCUUCUGUGCCUUCAGAAUAGAGCCUCUUUGGAUGCUCAAUUCGUUUUUGUGAAGGACAGGAGGUGCAGCUGGGAGUUCAAUGAAGAUGCCUCCAAUUUGUCAUUUGCUGACCCUUUCGAUAGUUGUAGAUAGAACGGUACUUUAUGCGAUUGUUUCGGCCUUCCAUUAGACAUUGAACAGUCACUUCCUGGCACUAUGCGACAUGGUUAUCUCAUGGCAAACAAUCUUGGUUUAGAUUAUUAUGGUCUUUCCAAUUUAAAGUAUGUAAGCUUGAUUUCUUGUCCUUCUCUAUGUUGAUGCUUUGAAUUUCGCCAAAUGAGGCAUUAUUAAAUCUAUUUUAUGAGUUUAUGCC